GCGCAGCCCCGGUUUUGCCCUUGAGGCCUUCCCAGCCCUAGAUGACUAGUAUGACCUCCCGCUCACGGUGACUCACUCUGCGCAGGUUUCCCAGCGCCCUGGCCUUGCCGACAGCCCCAGACCUUUCACCUUUGACCUCCUCGCGCCUGGAUCUCUGAAUAACUAAUGAGCCCUUUGGCGCUUGUGCAGGCUCUCCACGCACGGAUGCCGCGUGUGCAGUGCGGUGGCAGGACUGUCCUGUCUGUAAUGCUUGAUGAGUGCGUACCUGCAGUCCUGUCACACCCCGCCAAAGCCCGCUGUCAGGUUGAGAAGUCACUGGAGGGGACAUAAUAAAUAUUUCCCAUAGUGAUCUUCAAGGACGAGGGCUUUCCCUGGGUGUGGUCUGGGCUGGAAGGCCCUGGUGUGCUGAUUCGGCGCCUGGGAAGAUAGUGUCUGUCAACCCUGAUGCUAAGAUCUGCAUCCAGUGCCCAGGGAGUGUGGGAAAUCGGUCAGAAGUGGCCCGUUAUUGUAAGCAGACGCCAGAGCUAAUGUUGCACGCCCGCUGCUGCCUGAAUCAGAAUGGCACCAUCCUGGGGUUGGAUCUCCAGAACUGUUCUCUGAAGCACCUUGGUCCAAACUUUCCUCAAGCACAUACUGCUAUCAUCAUAGACCUUCACGCAAACCCCCUCAAGGAUGACUUGGCCAACACCUUCCACGGCUUUAUCCAGCUCCAGACUCUGAUACUACCAGAGGAUGUCAACUGUCCUGGAGGUAUUAAUGCCUGGAAUACUGUCACAUUUUACCCAAACAAUCAAACCUGUGAAGGACAAAGGAACCUUUGCAAUAGCACUGGGGACACAGAAAUAUGUCCUGAGAAUGGAUCUUGUGUGCCUGAUGGUCCAGGUCUUUUGCAAUGUGUUUGUGCUGAUGGCUUCCAUGGCUACAAGUGUAUGCGCCAGGGCUCGUUCUCGCUGCUUACGUUCUUUGGGAUUUUGGGAUCCACCACAUUAUUCAUCUCCAUCCUUCUUUGGGGAACCCAACGCCGAAAAGCCAAGGCUUCAUGACCUACCUAGACCUUCCUACUGACCUAAAGGUCAUCCCACUCCAUCUUAGCCCAGCCAGGGCUGGCCAGAGCCUCCUCCAGGAUAAGCCCGAGGUUGGAAGGAAGAUGGAACAUUGCACAGCGCUGGAAUGUCACACUCCAGUCGAGGAGCGGACUAGUCCCAGGUCCCAUUUGUGCUGCUAACGAUAAUAAAUUUUUUUUUUAAAGGAA